AUGACCGCCCCGAGCGAUACCGAGGGAUACACUGGAGGGCAAGGAGAUUCCCCUGAUUCACCCGACCGCAACCAUCAGCGCAACCUCAUCGACGACCACAAUCACAAUCAAGGACAAGAUGAUGGAUACAGCCAGGGACAUGUAACCGGGACAGGGUUACAUCCGCUUCACCAGUCACAAAGCCAUUACUCUCGCGCCUCUUCGCGCCGUGCCUCAGCCGCGCCCCUCAACUACGAUGUGCCAGACGACUAUGCACACCUUGAGGCAUCCAAUAUAUCGCCAGUCCAGAAUCCAGACGAGGAUCCCAUCACUCGCCUUGACACUCUAGAGCGGGUCAGGACUCGCGAUAGGGACUACCUUCGGGAACAAAGACGGAAACCACUACCACCACAAGAGCCCGAGUCAUCAGCAGAAGACUACGAAAGAGAAAAGCAAGCCGGUGUCGUUGCCAAAAGACAAAAAGUCUCGCGCCUCGCCACCGAACUCUACACCAUCUCGUACCUCAUCUUCUUCUCCCUCCUCGGCACCCUCGCCAGACUGGGCUUACAAGCCCUCACCUCUGCCUACCCACAAUCACCCAUUAUCUUCCCCUCGAUAUGGCCCAACUUUGCCGGCUGUGUGGUUAUGGGCUUCCUGGCUGAGGAUCGCAUGCUCUUCCGGCCAGACUGGGGCCAACAACCCAACCCCAAGAAAGAUGACGAUGAUGAUGAAGAAGCCAACAUCGACCCAGCAGCAGCCAAGAAAGCUCACAUGGCCCUGAAAAAGACCAUCCCGCUCUACGUCGGUCUCGCAACCGGCUUCUGCGGCUCUUUUACUUCCUUCUCCUCCUUUAUCCGGGACAUCUUUUUGGCGCUUUCCAACGACCUCGCUGCCCAUGGUAGUGCUGCCCCCGUCUCCCGAAACGGCGGUUACUCCUUCAUGGCCCUACUCGCCGUCAUUAUAACCACCAUCUCCCUCUCCCUCUCUGGCCUUUUUGUGGGUGCCCAUCUCGCCAUCGCCAUCGCCACCCUCUUCACCCGUUUCGAUUUGGGACUGCCCUACACAUUCGUUGGUCGUAUCCUCGACCGUCUCAUCGUCCUUUUGGGGUUCGGUUGCUGGCUAGGCGCCGUGUUGCUGAGUAUCUGGCCACCCGACCGCCACUCUGCUCAACCAGAAAAAGAGCGCUGGCGCGGCACGGCAACCUUUGCCCUCGUCUUUGCUCCAUUGGGCUGUCUCACGCGGUUCUACGCCUCGGCGCAUCUCAACGGACGGCUGCCCAGUUUUCCGUUGGGGACUUUUGUGGUGAACAUGCUAGGCACGGCGGUCUUGGGCAUGGCGUGGGACUUGAACCACGUGCCGAGCUUGGGAGGAGUGGUGGGGUGUCAGGUGCUGCAAGGUGUGGCGGAUGGGUUUUGCGGGUGCUUGACGACGGUGUCCACGUGGGUUUCCGAGUUGGCGGCGUUGAGGCGGAGACAUGCCUAUGUUUAUGGGGGUGCGAGUGUGGGCGGGGGGUUGGCGUUGAUGGUGGUUGUUAUGGGGAGUUUGCGGUGGACGGAGGGGUUUGGUGAAGUGAAGUGUAUUUCUUGAGGUGACAGGUGCAAUGGUAGGUAAUGGAUGCAUGAUAAGGGGUUGGUGGUUGUUAAAAGUUGGGCGUUUGUCACUGGGUGCAUAUGUAGUUCGUCCAUGGCAAGAAUUGUUGGAUGAGCCAACAGCAAUGAUCUGCUAAAUAAUAUUUCAAUGUUUGGAAUAUAUUACC